UCACAAGACUACGCAAGAACUUUCGGAUUACGAUAACUUCUUUGACCCUACUAUCUUAUGUCUGUAAAAGCUGUUGUUUACCGAAGGCCACAUUAUUAUUAUGCCUGAGCUGUAUAUUAUUUUCUUCUUUCUUUUAUGUGGUGGACAAGCUCUUAUAUUGACGUCUAAUUGUCAAAAAAAUUGGAUACAUCAUGGCAACUCUUGCUAUCUCCUGAGCACACAGAAAAGUGCAUGGCAAUCUGCAGUGAACGUUUGCCGAGUGUAUGGUGGGACGUUAGCAGUGGUAAAUUCGGCAGAAGAAAACAAAUUCCUCAAUCAUACUUUCUUACAAAUGACAGGAGGAUCAACCAAUGAGAGCUACUGGUUGGACGGAUGGGAUUUUCAUUCCGAGGGAACUUGGAAGUGGUCAUCGACAAAGCAGGAAAUGGCUUAUAAGAAUUUUUACCCUGGACAACCAGAUGAUCAAAAUGGUAACGAGGACUGUUUAGUAAUUAGCGCUGCUUACAAUGGACAAUGGGCAGAUAUGGAUUGUUAUACGACAUUGUUUUCCAUUUGUGAAAAGGAUUUAAGCGCUGCUGGAUCUGUUGGGUAGCAAAUCCAUCAAACUAGGGACAGUGUUUGGAUUUACCACUAAUCAUUUUAUUACUAUUUUGUUAAUAAAAACUAAUUUGUUCUUUAAA